CUAUUGAGGCACAGCUGUCUCAUGACUCUGCAGUCACCCCUGGGGUCUGUUGGCUGAAGAGUAGAGAGCAGGGGCAAGGGAGCUUGUUUCCAGGGCUAAAUAAGAUUGGGGUGGUGUGGAAACCUACACAUAGAGAAGCGGAGGACAAGCGCGAGCCGACGUGGAAAGAGUCCCCCCGGGGUUAGUCACCCACCGAUCUGCUGCGUUCAACCUCCACACCGCACCUCGCUAAUGAAACCUGAUCCAGCAGGACCCACUCUAAAAAUACCAUCGUCCAGUAGGACUUGGUCACGUUUGACACACUAAAUUGGAUAAAGAUGACGCUUAAUUUCAUUUUCAUUGCUCUGAUUGAACUCCAUGGAUGUGUGAAAGUAUUCCGGAAGUUUCUAAGAGAAGCAGCAUGAAGGUAAUCCAUACAUCUGUUUAUAAUCUGUUUGCAUGAAAUGAGUUUUUACCAGAGUAAAGUUGUACACAGCAAUGAUGGACCCCACUUCUAAAAUUAAUGCGUCUGUUAUUCUUGAGAAAGCUGAUUUUUAUGACACAAUGUCUGAACUUUAUUAAUACCUUGGAACAUAAUUUUGACUUAAAGAUUGAAUUCAUAGAGAUUUACCCAAAAUCCUGUCCUCUAUGAGAAUGAAGGAGAUUCACUGUAUUUGCAGUUAUAGUGAGAUGAGAUUUGUGGCAUAAACUAGGCUAAGGGUGUGAGCAACGCAGUAGCUUUCAGGGCAUCUUCUUAGCUAUGAGGAAGGCUGAGGUCCAGCUAACCCUGAAUAAGGGACCAGAGGAGAAGGCCAGCAGUAUGGCACCCCCUAGUCCCCAGAUACCAUUAAAGCGUGCCAGAGUGAGCCCGGAUGAAGCAGCACCAGAGACCAAGAGCUCUCCAUAUCCCACCCCAAUGCCACCGGUAUUCAUCCGAAAGAUGCGCAAUGCUGCCGUGGGCACGGGGUGCGACGUCCGGCUGAAGGUGGCGGUGGCGGGCAACCCACAGCCCUCCUUCUACUGGUACCACAACGAAGAGCUGCUGGACACAAUAGGCCAGGAGUACGGUGCUCUCUGGUUGCGGGACUGCCAUGCCUCCGACGCCGGCCUCUACACCUGCGUGGCCAACAACCAGCUGGGUGAAGCUCGCAGUAGUGCCAUCCUGGCCGUGCUGGACCUGGGAGAAGAAACCUGGACAUUCUAGUCGAACCUUUGGACGGUUUACCCAUGCGAAGUUUUCCGCUCCUGCAGGAAACAGCGUUACGACUCAGAGACCACCGAAGAUGAGACCACGGAAGCUCACAUUCCGAUGGAGGCUAAGGGAGAGGUUGGAGGACAGACAAAGUGGGCUCCCCGCAGAGGUGAAGGAGUGAGGAGCGUCCUUGCUGAGUCAGGUCCGAGUAGGGGAAUUCGCAUAGACAGCUGGAGUCCCGGCCGGGACACAGUGGUGGAGAAAGAGAAGGCCUUGGGUUCGAGAGCACCGGGGCUACAGGACCCCCUGAGAUCUGGCAGCUUUUCCAGGAGCCAGUCUGAAGACAUUCUAAGUGAAGUUAAGACCCAAGUCCACCCACCUCCCACUCUGUCCCUUCCCCAAAUUAGCCAGCCUACAGUUGCUGUUCCCUUGCCAGUCCGUUUUGGGAUGGUCCCUGCCAGAUCCCUCUCUGAACGUAAAAAAGCUGUCACUGUCAUACCAAUUAAUUACCAAGACAUAGUCUCAGGAGACUUUGAGGAGACGAUCAAGCAGUCCCAAACCUCAGCAGCAUCUCAUUCUGGUGCCCAAGACUCCUGUCCUCAGACUCCCAUCAGUGAGGGCUCCUGGAAGGACCAGACUCACAGGCCCUUGGCUAAAGUGGGUAGACCCAGUUCCAAAAUUUUUGAGAAAGUGCGUGUCUUUGAGGAAAGGAGAAGGAGCAUUGACCACACUGAAGGCUCCAUCUCCGGGCGCUCUUGGGCUGGAUUCAACCGGGCUGCAUCUGUUGACUCAGACGAUGGGGGGAGCCGGUUGGGGAUUUCCAAAGACAACUCCAGAGAGGACCUGCGAGAGGCAGUGAAAGCUGAUGCUGCAGAACGGCGGUCUAGUUUUCGCCAGAGGACUGCUUCCCUGGAGGAUAGGUCCCAUUACUCCCAGAAGGUCCAGGAGAUUGAGAACAAGUUCACACAGGAGCUCCAGCGAAUCAAGAACCUGAUGGGGAAGUCCCAUAUGAAAAAGUCCUUUUCCACAGAGCAGGUGCACCAACAUGGACAGCAGCCUUUGAGAAAGCUGGAGCCCAUCCCGCCCCAGGUCCUACAGAAGCUGCAAGACAGGGAACGCAUCCAAUGGCAGCAGGAACAGGGAGAGCAACUCACAGGGUCAUUAGUGCAAAAAUCACUAUCAUCACCUGAAGGACAACUGCAUCAAAGCCAGUUGAAUCCUCAACAAGAAUCAAACCAUAGACCAGACACAAUUGAAUCUUCAGUGAUCAGCAUAACAGCAAGUAGGCUUGGGGAGUCAGACUCCUCUGAAAGCAAGCUACUUGCUGAGCUCCCUGGGCAGCGUUCCUCAAGGCAGAUACAGAGAAGCAUCCCGGUCAAGGAGGCCUCAACAGAAAUGUCAUACACAUUAAAAGAUCAGACACCUUCUUCUCAACUACCAAAAGAAAAGUCACCCCCUAGGAAGGUGCAGCCAUCCAUACCCAAGGUAGACCAGACCCCAGUAAAAUCACUUGUUCAGACAGAGCCUCCGCAUGUUGAAGAGCGCCCCACUCAGCCACCACCAAAACCCCCAAGACUUUUAAGCUCUGUCUCUUCAACCACUAACCCAAUCUCAAAGGAGGAAAAGGGGGAGGUGCAGCUAACACCUGCAUCUCUAGCUCACAGUCUUUCCAUCCCCAUUAUCAUUUUGGAAGAAGAACCUAUGAAAGAGGAUGUUCCCAUGUUAAAAAACCAGGCAGAGAAAGCUGAAGUUACUGAGGGAGGGAGGUCCUGGAUAGGCAUGGGGAGGGUCCACCAUGCCAAGCCAAUGUCUCCUGAUACAGGCUCCAUGGAUGUCUUAUAUGAAUCAGGAGGGGAGGACACCAUGGAGGCCCCCAUGUUCAAGUCCCCUCUGCAGGACACUGUGGUGUCAGCUGGCUCAAAGGUGGUCCUGAAGUGUAUUAUUACUGGGAUCCCUUUGCCGGAAGUGACCUGGUGGAAGGGUGACAAGGAGAUAAAGAACAGCCCUAUGCACUCAAUCAGAGUGAAGGGGGACAGACACUCACUAGUGAUCGAGCAGCUGAAGGCCAGCCAUGCGGGGUCAUACACAGUGAUGGCUGCCAACCGCGCAGGUCGGACAUCCUGCAGUGCUGUGCUCUUUAUCAAAUCAGAGCCCACGGAAGACCAGCAAAGAGUCCAUGGUGUUCCCUCAGACCUCAGCAGUGCCAUCACGUCCAAUGAAGAACAUCUAAACCCAUUGGAGGAGGGCAUGGAGGCAGAGGGAGGGUCAUGUCGGGGGCCUGAGUCCAGGAAGGUGGUGGACGUAGCAUUCAGGGAAACCCCGUCGUUCCAGGUAACCCUAAAUGACCAGGUGGUGACCGAGGGGGAUGACAUCACCAUGCGAGUCCGCGUGCAGGGACAGCCCAAACCGUUGAUCUAUUGGCUACGAGGCCGGCUGGUCAUAAAAUCCUCCAAUCGGCACACUCUGCAGGAGGCAGAGGAUGGCAGCUUUGAGAUGCGAAUAACUGCAGCUCAGAAGGCCGACACAGGGCUGUACACCUGCAAGAUCGUCAAUGAGUACGGCAUGAAUCAGUGUGACUGCCACCUGGAGGUCAUAGUGCCCCCUGUAGAGUCAGGCCUAGCCAUAACCCGUGAGAUUACAGAUGUGACAGUGAAGGCUGGGGAGACUGCUCUCUUCGAGUGCUACAUGUCAGGUCCCCCAGAUGUUGAUGUAGACUGGCUGUCAAAUGGGAAGCUGAUCCAACCAGCACUGCUGAACUGCAAGAUGCACUUUAAUGGCAGCACAUGCUGCCUGCUGCUCAACUCCAUCCACGAAGAUGACAGCGGCACGUACACCUGCAAGCUGAGCACUGCUAAGGUGGAGUUAACUUCCAGUGCCUACCUCAAAGUGAUCCCAUCCACCGAGCCAAUGUUCACCCGUAAGCUUGACGUACUGGAGGUGCUGGAAGGCCGAACGGCUCGUUUUGACUGCAAGGUCAGCGGAACGCCAUCCCCUAACGUCAUCUGGAAACACUUUGACCUCACACUGAUGGACAGUGAAAGCGUGCGCAUACUGAAGGACAGGGGCCGCCACUCUCUGCUCAUCCUGCAUGCCAGCAGCAGCGACGAGGGUCUGUACACAGCAGUGGCGCGUAACGCACAUGGGGUGGCAGAGAGCUCUGCUGAGCUAUAUGUGCAGGAACCCAGGCCCACCAUCUCCUCGCAAAUGGCAAAGCUGGAGAAGAUGCCAUCCAUCCCAGAGGAGCCAGAGGUGGUGGAGAGUGAGAUUGAGCGCUACACCAUGCCAGAUUUUGUGAAGUCGCUGUGCGACCUGGAAGUGGUGCAGGGUAGGGAGGCUGUGCUGCGGUGCCAGGUAGCCGGCCUGCCGUACCCUUCCAUCGCCUGGUUUCACAACGGCCACAAGAUUGACAGCACAGACGACAGGAAGAUGGUGCAACACCAAGAUGUGCACAGCCUGGUCAUUCAUACGGUGUGCCACACCCAUGGUGGGGUCUACAAGAGUGUCAUCUCUAACAGGGUGGGAAAGGCCACCUGCUAUGCUCACCUCUAUGUGACAGAUAUCCUCCCAGAGCCUCCUGAUGGGCCUCCAGUUGUAGAGACCAUCACCGGCAAGAUUAUCAGCCUGCGCUGGAACAAACCCAAAAGAUUGGACCCAUCUAUAGACUCCAGCUCCCUGAUGUUUGUUGUGCAGCAGCAAGCCGUGGGCUCAAACCAGUGGACCAUCAUCGCCUCCAGCCUGAAACAAACAUGUUACAGAGUAACAUCGCUUUGCAAAGGGGUGAAGUACUGCUUCAGGGUCCUUUCUGCCACUAGCAAGGCUUUGAGCAAGCCCUCACCUUCUACAGAUCCUCUACAGCUUGUGGACAGAGGUCCAUAUCUUCUGGAAGCCCCUGUUCUUAUCGACAAGCCAGACGUCGUCUACAUGGUUGAGAAUCAGCCAGCUAGCAUCACCGUAACUCUGAACCAUGUCCAAGCCACAGUCAUCUGGAAAAGGAAUGGAGUGCAGCUGGAGAACAAGCCCGGUGAGUUUGAACUGAGCAUGCCCGAUGACAACCAGCAUACCCUGUGCAUCAGCAGAGCCAGGGCUAGUGACAUGAGCCAGCUCAUCUGCGUGGCCAGCAACCCACUCGGCAAUGACUCCUGCAUCCUCACUCUGGACAUGGCAGCUCAGCCCGCAUUUGAGUCUAUCAUGGAGGAUAUGGAUGUGCAUAUGGGGGAGACAGCUCGCUUGGUGGUGGUCGUUGACGGCAAGCCCAUCCCUAAUAUCAUGUGGUAUAAGGAUGACAUGCUUCUGUCGGAGAGCAGCCAUUUCACCUUUGUGUACGACGACACCGAGUGCUCGCUGGUGAUCCUCAACACACAGGAGGAGGACUCAGGGGUCUACACCUGUACGGCCCAGAACCUGGCCGGCUCCGUGUCCUGCAAGGCUGAGCUCACUGUGCUCACAGCUACCAAGCAGGAAACAGAGGAACCCAUGGAAGGUGAGGAGACCAUUUUGAGGAAGAUGAGGAGGCUCACAGACUACUAUGACAUUCACAAGGAGAUUGGCAGGGGAGCCUUCUCCUAUGUGAAACGGGUGACACAGAAAGCCGACAAGGCACAGUUUGCAGCAAAGUUCAUCUCGGCCCGUGCCAAGAGGAAGACGUCCGCCCUGAGGGAAAUGAGGCUACUCUUGCGGCUGGAGCAUGAGAGGAUCAUCUACUUCCAUGAUGCCUUUGAGAAGAAGAAUGUCGUCGUCAUUGUCACUGAGCUGUGUCAUGAGGAACUGUUGGACAGAAUGGCAAAGAAGUCAUUCAUCAUGGAGUGUGAGAUCCGGUCAUCCAUAAGGCAGCUGUUAGAAGGACUGGGCUACCUGCACCAGAACAAUAUCCUGCACCUGGACAUUAAACCUGAGAACAUCCUCAUGGCAGACCGCAGCAGUGACCAGGUCCGGAUCUGCGACUUCGGCAAUGCCAUGGAGCUCACGCCUGGUGACACCCACUACUGCAAAUAUGGCACUCCUGAGUUCAUUGCCCCAGAGGUUGUUAACCAAACACCGGUCUCCAAGGCAACAGAUAUCUGGCCUGUCGGCGUGAUAACCUACCUGUGCCUGACUGGCGUGUCUCCAUUCGCUGGAGAGAAUGACCGUGACACGGCCCUCAACGUGCGCAGCUACAACGUGGCAUUUGAGGAGGGCAUGUUCACGGGGGUGUGCUUGGAGGGGCGGGGCUUCAUCAUAAAGCUACUGGUGGCUGACAGACUGAGACCUGAUACAAAUGAAUGCCUUCGUCAUCCUUGGUUCAAGACGUUGACAAAGGGAAAAAGCAUCAGCACGGAGUCUCUCAAACAGUUCUUGUCACGGAGAAAGUGGCAGCGCUCACUCAUCAGUUAUAAAUCCAAAAUGGUGAUGCGCUCCAUUCCAGAGCUGCUGGAUGACUCCUCCAGCCACAUCUCCAUUGCGGUGCCUAGGCAUCUGAAGGAGGGUACCCCCCCGCCCUCGUCCUCCUCGGACUCGGAUGAGGACGUGGACGAGUUGCCCUUCAUCCCCAUGCCUCUGAUAGUGGCCUUCUCCGGCUCUCGCAUGUCCCUCAAUGAGAUCUCUGCCGAUGAUGAAGUUCUGGGGAGACCUACCAGCAGUGCCUUGGAGGCAGUGGAGGCAGAGGAGCCCAUGGAGUGUGAGCCAGUCAGUAGAGGGGGAGUUGCUGGAGACCAGCCUGCAGGGACAGGCCAGACCAGGAAAAGGGAAGCGCAAGAAGGGGACACGAUGUCAGAAGAAGAAUCAGCACAGAUGGCCAAGCAGACGAGGGGACCACUGCGUAGGGGUUCAAGUGUGGAGUCGGAUAAGGCUGAGAGCAGCCAGAGACGGGGGGAGCUGAGGAGGGGCAGCUCUGCUGACAGUGCCCUCCUGCUCCACAUCACCCCAGAGGGGGGCACCACAGUUACCCUCGAAGAAGAGGGGGGGGAAAGCCUGAAGAAGGCAGUGUCCAUGGAGCUGCCAAGGAGGAGUCCUAGUCCCGGCCCUGGGAGACUGAGCCAGGAGGACUACGCUCUGAAACUGGAGCUUAUGAGGCAAAGACUACUCAGGGGCAGCUCGGGAGACAACAAGAUGAGUGGCCUCCGGGGCCCCCUGCUAGAGACACUUGGCAUCGGGGAUGAGAGAUGCACUGUGUCACUUGACCGAUACACACACCCACGCCGGGCGGCCGUGCCUCCACUCAUUAAAGCAGCUUCCACUGAAACCCCAGGAGGGGGGGCAGUCAAGACCAAGGUGCUUUGCAAGAGUGCCUCAUUCACCCAAGGAGACAAUGAGCCCAUCCCCCUGCAUCGACGCUCUGGUGCUCCCCUUGAGAUUCCCCUGGUUCAGAGUCAGCAAAGGCUCCAGGAGGCCACAUCCAUGUCAGCUCUAACCGAACAGGCCAGGCUGGACUCACGGCCCGUCACCCCCAGAGAAGUUUGCUCCAAGCCAGCUAGUCCUGUUCCAGAGGCUCCAGAGCAGAGCACAAUAGUACGAAAGGAAGCAAGACACAGAAAGGGAGACACAGAGAGCAAGAUGGAAGAUGAAGCAGCAGACAUCACUGAGGAGACUCCCCAGGUGAAUCAUCCUGAAAGGAAAUCUAGCAUGUUGGAGAACCCACAGGGCAAACAGGAGAAGGUGGCCAUUAGUAAACCUCUGUCCAUGGAGCGUGAAAUGCAGGCCCAGAUCAGACCAUAUUCUGAAGUAGCUCCCAGGGUCAUUCAAAAGUCAGAUCAUGUGGAAGAGAAGAUGAGAGAAGAGCCAAACAGAAAGGAGUGUGAAGACACUGAGGAAGAAGUGAGGAGCCAGAAGAGAACACCUGAAAUAAGCAUUUCCACCAAGUCUGUUGUGGUGACACCAGGUCCCAUUAAGACACCAGUGAGUGCUGCCACCCAGCCCAGCCAUGUGAUGCUGCCAGAUGGCAGGACAUCUGCAUACUCCAGUAUCAUGCAAACCAUCCUGGUUCCAUCUCUGCAGCUCCCAGAAAUGCCUGGACCUGUUCCAGCACCUGCCCCCUCACCUAUACGAGCACCUAGCCCUAAUCCCACCGUCAUCCCUCUCAAACCCGAGUCCUCUCCCUCACUGGAACAUCCUGCUGUGUUCUCCAGGGUGAGAUCCAGGACCCCCACAAGUUCGAUACCCUUACAGGAGCUGGCGUUCAACCCCAGCAUCAAAGAUAUCGCUUCAGAGGAGGUGUUUCAAGCCAAGUUCAAGAAACGCGAGUUAUCUCUAACACGUGGCCUGAAGAUGCUGACCAAGCCUAAAACUGAGGAGAAAGUGAAUGCCAUGUCAGCUCAUACUGGCGAUGAAGAGGUGUACCGCCCAGGCCCUGUAGGCGCGCCCCUAGAGUUCAUCAGAUAUGAGACACCCAGGCUAGUGGAAAGGUCCAUGUCUGUCCAGGAGCUCAGGCCAGCUGAGAAGGAAAGCUUCAUGCGGAGGCUCUCCCUGCGGAUGAAAAGGGCUUCGUCAACAGACAGGAAGGAUGAGAGAAACAGAGAGGAACUGAUCAACUCCACCAUCACUGCACCCAAGCGCAGGGUCUCCUGGGCUGUUGGUCACAACAGGUUCCAGGAGAAGAAUGAGCCUGCUGGUGAGGUGGAGUGCUCACAGGAUGAGGGAGGCAGCAAUAUGUCUAGGAGAUCUGGUGAGUCACCAGUGCUGGCUAUGCGCCGGAAGAUUGAGUCCACGGUGGCUGGGAUCUCCAUGAGGAUUCGGAGCCAGUCUGAAGAACGGAGGGAGGAGAGGAAGGCAGAAGAAAAGGAGGCCAAGCCAGAAAGCAGAAGGGCUCCUUUGAUUUCCAUCCUGCGUCGCUCGGGCUCUGAGGGAGGCAGCCAACGGAAGGUGACGGAACCAAGAGCUGGAGAGUCCAUGGAGUCCCUUGAGUCCACCUCCAGUCUGCAGUUGGUGAAGGGACCGGAUGAUGGACGCCGAUCGCGGUGGGACCGCUGGGGUCUGGGCAGGAGCAAGAAGGAAAGGACAGACAUCCCGUCCUCCAUUGUCCGGGGGAAUGGUGCCCUCCAGAGGAACCAAUACUCAUGCUUGGCCUCUGAUUUCCCUCCAGUAUUUCACAUCAAGCUGAGGGACCAUGUUCUGCUGGAGGGAGACCCAGUGACUCUCAGCUGCCUCCCAGCAGGAAUCCCACACCCACGGAUUGCCUGGAUGAAGGACAAGAAGCCCCUGGACGUGGAUGCCAGGAUGAACAUGAUCGCUUGCCCUGAUGGCCGACAACUCCUCAUGAUCAUGAUGACCACCACGAAGGAUGCUGGACUUUAUGAGUGUGUGGCCACCAACCCCCUGGGCUCUGUUAGCAGCUCCUGCACCGUAUCCCUCGCCCGUCUUCCGAAUCAACCUGGGACGCCAGAGAUCCCCCAGCGGUACCGGGACACCGUGCUAGUGCUAUGGAAGCCCUCAGAUACGCUAACGCCUUGCACCUACUCCCUGGAGAGGAGAACUGAGGGUGAAGAAAACUGGCUGAUUGUAGCUACAGGUGUGGCCGACUGUUACUACAACGUCACGGACCUCUCAGCUGGGUGCACCUUCAGGUUUAGGGUGGCUUGUGUCAACAAGGCAGGGCAGAGUCCCUACAGUAACGUCUCAGAGAAGGUGUGCUUGGACUCCUCAGCAACUUCGAAGGCAGCAGCCAGUAUGAUUAUGCAGCCAUCUACACUAUCUUCUGUCAGCUCAGCCAUGCCCCUCAGGCCUGCUUCUGUUGCCAUUCCCAGUAAAUCUGGAUUUGCUGUUUCUCACCCCACAUCAACCCCUCCUCCAUCCAAAGUAUCUGCCUUUUUUCAGUCACACACCCUGCCCACUCAUCCUGGUCCUGCCCAAGGAAUUGUUCCUCCCACAGCCCAAGCCCCACCUACUUGUCCUGCUUCUGCCCAAGGAAUUGCUCCUCCCAUAGCCCAAGGCCCAUCUACCCAUCCAGGUUAUGCCCAAAAAGUUGUGCCUCCCACAUACAAAGCCCCAACAAUCCAUUCUUCUUCCCACCAAGGAUCUGCUCCCCCAACAGCUCAAGCCCCACCCAUUCUUCCUAUGUCUGCCCACACCCCACCAUCUGUCACUGAGGCUCUGUCCCCUCCUGUCCAUGUUGCCACUCCCACUCAGUUUGUUCAGGAGUUUCAGGCACCGUAUUCAGUCCCCUCUACAUCCACAAAAGCCAAGUCCACCCUGAACAUCUCUAUGGGAAGCCCAUCCCCUGGAGUUCUGCCCACAAUCAGGACCACCCCCCCAAGAGUGCUUCCUAAGCCACUGAGCCCUGUCAACGUGGUCUCCCCCAUGGCCCAGUCUCCUCCUGUCUCCCCACCCCAACUGGUCUCACCAUCCCCUCCCCUUGGCAAACCCAUCUCCCCUGUUCCUACAUAUGUUCCCAUGCCCACAGACCAGACUACACCCCCAGCAACAGGCCCUACCCUCUUGUCCCCUGUAGUGAUGGUGACCAGCCUGAGCCCCUUUGGGGAGGCUGCAGCCACCCCCUCAGUGCAAAAAGCACCCUCAGGAAAGUCUGGUGAGAGUACCCUGAAGCAGGGGGUGCCCCAGAAGCCAUAUACCUUCCUGGACGAGAAGAGCAGGGGCCGCUUUGGUGUCAUCCGCGAGUGCCGGGAGAAUGCCACAGGCCAGCUCUUUAUGGCCAAGAUUGUUCCAUAUGAGGCAGAGAGCAAACAGGGUGUGCUGCGGGAGUACGAGGUACUGAAAAACCUGCACCACAGCAACGUGAUGGCACUGCACGAGGCCUACAUCACACCGCGCUACCUGGUGCUCAUCACUGAGAGCUGCCCAGGCAAGGAGCUCCUGUACAGCCUUGUUGACAGGUACCGCUACUCAGAGGAUGAUGUGGUCAGUUUUGUGGUCCAGGCUCUGCAGGGCCUCGAAUACCUCCACAACCGACGCAUUCUCCACCUGGACAUCAAGCCUGACAACAUUAUGGUGUCGCCCACCAACGUUCUCAAGAUUGUGGACUUCGGCAGUGCACAGAGUUUCAAUCCGCUGUUCCUUAAGCCUCAUAAUUGUCACCUGUCUACCCUGGAGUUCAUGGCUCCUGAGACGGUUAAAGGAGAUGUGGUGGGCCCCCCUGCUGACAUCUGGAGUCUGGGUGUGGUCACCUAUGUCAUGCUCAGCGGAAGGCUGCCUUUCCUGGAGUCCAGCUCCCAGGAAACUGAGGCCAAAAUCCUGGCUGCCAAGUUUGACCAGACAAAACUCUACCAGAACGUGUCUCAGAGUGCCUCUCUGUUCCUCAAGAAGAUCAUGUGUAGCUACGCCUGGGCCCGUCCGACCAUCAAAGAUUGUUUCAACAAUGCCUGGCUGCAGGAUGCCUACUUGAUGAAACUGCGCCGGCAGACGCUCACCUUCACCACCACGCGCCUCAAGGCCUUCCUGGUGGAGCAGCAGCGGCGGCGGGCCGAGGGCGUCACCAAGCACAAGGUGCUACUACGCUCCUAUCAGAGCUCGCCGACCAUGCCACCACAUCCACCGCCCAAUGAGCAGCCCAGGCCAGAAAAAUGGGACAGCAAGGGUGGGGCGUGCUGGCUCCAGGGUGUGGGGAGUCUAUGCCCCCACUCUCCAGACAGAGGAGUUAAUGCAGUACAGUACGAGUAGCAGUGGAUCACUGAUCCCUCCUCCAGAACCCAGCCUCCUGCAGCUCCUUCUUUCUGAGUCAAGUAUCCAAGUAACACUGGUAGACGUCCCCCCAGGCUCAGCCUCCCACCUCCAGAGCCCCACCUCCCACACCUCCUCUCUCUCCAGAACCUUUUUGCAAUGUUGUGCUUCUCUUUGGUCAGUGUUCCUGGUUCUUCACAGUGACACCUUCUCACUAGGGGUCACAGCCACACGUGUGAGACCCUCAGAGCAAUAUGUCUAGGACACCCCUUUCAGACUGCCAACAUACGUGUUCUGUAAAUGUAUAACUCUGUACCCUUUACAAUGACGCUCCGUGCAAUUGUAGAGUGUAUAUCUUUUAAUUUAGUUUUUACUAUCUAAUUAACAUUAUUUUAUCACUGGUGUGUACUUCAAUAAUAAUUGUCAGUAUGACUUGAAAGUAAAUCAGUGGUUGGAGUAGUGUAUAAACACGCUAAUUAUGCCUUUGGGGGUCAAUGUAACGCUUCACUGUUAUAGCUGGUAAUACAGUAAACAUGGAUCUUUUGAGGACUUCAAAUAAAUGUUUACUGAGUGA